CGUGUUUAGUUUCCACUCUUUAGUCAAAGGAAGGAUUGAUUCCUUUGGGAAGGGACACAAAUCACUUCAAUUUGAACAAGUGGGGCAUUGCCGCUCCAAGGAUCUAACCACUUCUUGAUUUACACACUUUUGCGUUUUUUUCUGCUUAAGAAAGAUCAGAAGAGGUAAAAGGAGAAUCGAAGAAAAAGUUGUUAGGGGAUGAUGACAUUUGAUAUUAGAUCUGCUUGAUCGUUCUUUGUUUCUACAACUGACACACCAGGAAACAUUACCAGCACCGUGAAGACAUAUUUGGAAACAGACUUGUUUUUUAUUCCUUGAGCAUUUUGUGGUCUUUUUUGCGUCUUGGUGACACCUGGAUCUGUGUCCAAACUCUUUUCAAUCUGUGCGCCGAGCUGUCAGAUCUCUCUCUCUCUCUCUCUUUUACGCACGGGAGGUGGGCACCUGAGAACAUCAUCGCGCACCAACGGGACGGGACUGUGAAAGAUCCCGUUUACAUGUUUGGAAUUCAGGAGAGCAUCCAAAGGAGUGGGAGUACUUUGAAAGAGGAGCCCAUUGGAGCCGGCAUGAACGCAGUCCGAACAUGGAUGCAAGGUGCCGGGGUGCUGGAUGCGAACACGGCCGCGCAGAGUGGAGUGGGGUUGGCCAGGGCGCACUUCGAGAAACAGCCGCCCUCAAACCUUCGCAAAUCCAACUUCUUCCACUUCGUUUUAGCCCUUUAUGAUCGGCAAGGACAACCAGUAGAAAUUGAGAGAACCUCUUUUGUUGGAUUUGUGGAAAAAGAGAAGGAGACUAGUGGAGAAAAGACAAACAAUGGAAUACAUUACAGACUGCAACUUCUUUUCAGCAACGGAAUCAGAACAGAGCAGGAUUUUUAUGUAAGGCUAAUUGACUCCAUGACUAAACAGGCAAUCAUUUACGAAGGGCAAGACAAGAAUCCUGAGAUGUGCCGUGUACUCUUGACUCAUGAAAUCAUGUGCAGUCGUUGCUGUGACAAAAAGAGUUGUGGGAACCGUAACGAGACGCCCUCUGAUCCCGUAAUCAUCGACAGGUUUUUCCUGAAGUUUUUCCUCAAAUGCAAUCAGAACUGUCUGAAGAAUGCAGGAAACCCACGGGACAUGCGACGCUUUCAGGUGGUUGUUUCGACAACAGUGAGUGUAGAAGGACACGUGCUGGCUGUUUCAGACAACAUGUUUGUGCACAACAACUCCAAACAUGGCAGAAGAGCCCGGAGACUAGACCCGUCAGAGGGAACGCCGUCAUAUCUGGAACACGCCGCACCGUGUAUCAAAGCCAUCAGUCCCAGUGAAGGCUGGACAACAGGGGGUGCUACUGUCAUCAUCAUUGGAGACAACUUCUUUGACGGACUGCAGGUCAUCUUCGGCACCAUGUUGGUCUGGAGCGAGCUCAUCACACCUCAUGCCAUCAGAGUUCAGACACCUCCGCGUCACAUCCCUGGGGUGGUAGAGGUCACGCUUUCCUAUAAGUCCAAACAGUUUUGCAAAGGCACACCAGGCAGAUUCAUCUACACAGCCCUGAAUGAGCCCACCAUAGACUACGGUUUUCAACGGUUACAGAAGGUGAUACCCCGGCACCCUGGAGACCCCGAGCGUUUGCCAAAGGAAGUGAUUUUGAAGAGAGCCGCAGAUUUGGUGGAAGCACUUUAUGGAAUGCCACACAACAACCAGGAAAUCAUUCUGAAGCGAGCAGCGGACAUUGCAGAAGCCCUGUACAAUGUGCCACGAAACCACAACCAGCUGACCGGCCUGACCAACAGCUCCGUCCACGCGAGUAUGAUGGGUGUCAACUCCUUCACCGGACAGCUCGCUGUUAACGUCUCAGAGUCAUCUCAGGGUGGAGGCCAGGGUUUCAUUCGUAACACGAGUAGCGUAUCUCCACACGGUUAUGUGCCAAGCUCCACCCCUCAACAGAGCACUUACAGUACGGUCUCCACCAGCAUGAAUGGCUAUGGCAACAGUGCCAUGACCAACUUGAACAGCUCUCCAAGUUUCCUGAAUGGCUCUGCCGCCAAUUCACCCUAUGCCAUUGUCCCCUCCAGCCCCACCAUGGCCUCCUCUACCAGCCUGCCAUCAAACUGCAGCAGCUCUUCUGGAAUCUUCUCCUUCUCUCCAGCAAACAUGGUUUCGGCUGUAAAGCAGAAAAGCGCGUUCGCUCCUGUCGUACGACCUCAGUCCUCGCCUCCACCCACAUGCACCGGCACCAAUGGGAACGGUCUCCAAGAUCAGUCUUUUGUCGACUCUAACAAGUACUCCACAGCCAGCGCACUCCAGGGCCUGGCCUUCUCCUGAAUGAUCUCUGGGAUGAUUGUUCCUCCCAUGUAGAGUGUGUUUGUGUGAGCGUGUGUGUGUGUUCGUGUGUAGACAGAGCGAAAGAUGAAACGCUGUGUCGAGCCGCUGGUUUCAGUGAGCGCGUGCAGAAGACUCCGGUGAAGGACGGAUUCGCAGUCCUGCUCUGAAGGAUGAAAAACUACAAACUCAGGCCCUUUUUAAACUCAAUCUGCUUUGAAAUAAAAAUAGGAAGAUGAGGAAAAAACAUUGAACUGAACUGUUGUACCUCCCUGUUUAAAUGUCAAAAUUUGUACUCACCUUGUAGACACUUUUUAAGAUAAGAGGCACAGGCAAUGCUUACCCGCCCUAUCUGAACUAUAACAUGAGAGGUCUAUUUAUUUAAAAAAACAAAGCAGUUAUUGAUUUACCAUCAUAUUUGUGUGUUUUUGUGUGUACCACCAUUUUUAUGAAAUGACACGAUAUUGCAGUGGUUUCUAUUUAUGAUUUUAUACGCUAAAUGAAGGAUUACCAGUGAUUGUUUGCGCAGUUAUCGUCCCAAUGAAUUUGAAAAACUGUUUUAAAGAAACAUAUGUCGAUUAGCCAGUCUACAGAAUGUGCCAGCAAUGUAAAUGUAAUAUUAAAUACUCCUAAAAUUCUCUUUUACCUUGGUUUUAAACCACAUAACAUUUGCCAAAGGGAGCAAUUGGACUCGCUAGCAUUGUUGCUGUCAUGCCAUUACCUUUACAUUCAUGUUUCAUGUGUUGACGUAAUGCUGUCUUUCAGUUCAUUUAUUGGCCAAUUAAAACAGUCAUGCGUGAUUGCUUUUAUCAUUGUAAAGUUUACAAAAUUUAUACAAAAUGAAAAUGUCAUUUUAAUGUCACACAGUCCUAACUCUGGAGUUUUCCCAGCCUGAUCUCACGGAAAUUCGUAUGAAUUAUUAUAAAGUGAAUUGUACAAAUACGAGCGGUUAUUAUAAAAAACAAUAAUAAAAACUCUGUCCCUAACCUCAGCGUCACAGAGGCGAAAGCAAAUUUUACAAAAACAUACAAUUGUGGUACAAAUUAGCCAUGCACCUCAUAAAAUAUGUAUUGCCAUAAGAUUGUGUUGGUUGUGAGUUAAAUACAAUCAUUCUGAUGUGACUUGAAGGCAGCAUUUGACAUUUCAUUUUCAUCUCUACUCAGUCUUAUCUCAUUCAAUCAUUAUAUAACCGCAAAACAUACAGUAUAGACCAAACACUUACUCAUAGUAACACAACAUAGUCUAAGACACUGCACAAAAAGACAUGAGACAUUAUACACAGAGCCAUGGGGUCUAACCUGAACUUUCUAAAGCUCUUGCUAACUUCUUUGAAUAAAGAACUAUGAAGGAUUUUUAAUUUAAUGCUCAAAAAAGAGAAAUGAUUAGUGUGUUAGUUUAUUUAAUUUGAAUGACUUUAGCCUUUUAAUUGGUUUAAAAAACGUUGAUAACUUCCUUCCACAAAUUGAUUGAUUUAUUUAACGAGAGUUGAAGGAGAAGUAUUUUACGUUUAUCGAACACCAAAAUCCUAAGUGUCAGUGAAACAGCACUGUGAAAUCUCUGUACUCCAAUGAAUGAUCGAACAUCUAUGAAGCCAUUACUUGUGAGGUUUUGUAGAGAAUGAUGAAUAUGUAUGAGUUUGUAUUAUUUUCUUUUGUUCGGCGAAAGUCGUUCGGUAAAAAUCUAUUUAUGAAUCAGAAGGAGGCAGCUUACAGUCUGAUUUAAUGUUUACGGUAUAUAAGCAGAUCUCAUUGACUUCAGAGGUUUUCAUGAUCACAAAAUGGAUAUAUGUAUGUGAAUCAUGUUUGUAUGUAUGUAUCGUGUGAAUCUGUACAUGCUUCAGUCGUCCUCUCUUCAUGUUUUUUACUUGUUGGCUCUUUUUUUCUCAUCUGCCAAUUUGUGUCCAUAAAUGUGAGUCAUUUGUGUAGUAACCGUGUAUGACAAAGUACCAUGUUUUAUUUUUCGAAACCUAUUUGCAAUUGCGAUUAGGGUUUAUGUUCAUGAAAAUGUGUGUUGUUUUUGUUUCAUAUUUUGUUUUUAUAUUUUGUUUCGGAUGGCAAAAUUAGUUAAAUAGUAUGUACUUUAAUGCAAUGAAUUUUGAGAAUAUAUUCACCAGGUAAACAAUAUAAAUAUAGCCUAUCUUUUAAUUUCACUUGCCAGAAAGAAAGUGAGUUAUUGAUUUAAUGCACAGAAAGUAUAUGAUCUCCCUCAAGAUUUAGUCUCUCUUUAUUUCCCUCCUGAAUAAUUCCUUCCUGGUUAUUUCAUUGAAGUGUACCAACAAAUGUCUUAUUUAUUUAUUUUUAAAAUAAAAUGUAUUUAGAUGGUUUGCAUAGCAUUUAAAAUAAGUACAGGUUAAACUGUGGUGUAACAGCACAAGAGUCUAUACAGUCAUUCGCUCACACAUCUCAUUUCAUAACACAUUUCUAUUCUACAUGUCAUGUCUUAAUGAUUUUCAUCAUGUCAUCACAAACGUUGAACUACAUUUACACAUAGUCGAUUGAAACCCUGUAACACCUGAGUCAGUUUAUUUGGCCUCUUUCUGAAAUGUGGCUUUCACGGUUGUUUAAGCGUUCAUGAAAUGGGCAUAAAUCUGUUUGAUAAGUUAUCAGCAUUUGUUUGUCACUUGAUUUAUUAAUAUGUCACGCAUUCAAACCGUCAGCUAUUAUACCUGUCGAAUGCAAACUUUGUUUUGUAGACUGGACCUUCAGUGGGCAGUUAUUACUGGUGAAAAAUAUAAAAAGAAACUACUGUAAAGAUUAUCAUUUUUUAAUUACCUUUGAACUGUAAAAUAACUUUUUGACUUUCACAAUAUUUAAUUAAAGUUUCCUCUUGUCUGUGA